AGGGCUGGGGGGUGUCUUUCAAUCCAAACUAUUCCAUGAUGCUCCACUUGUGCAGCUCUCACCAGCGCCAACCAAGGAAACACGCUGCUUUGCUCCUUCCCCCACAGGGGCCCACUCCUUGGAGACCCACAGGCAAAGCCCCAGCGCCCGCUCCCCCAGAGCCAAAGCGCUGGGAGCUGGGAGGCAGAAUAUCACCUAGUCCAAAUUUCAGCAUAAAUGAGGGAUAAUUAAUGAGAUGAAACGGAGAGGUAACACUCCAGGAGCUGAGGCCGUACGGCGCCCCACGCCGGCACCAAUAGCAGCGCUGCUGGAGAUCACGUGAGCUGCGGCCGCGCUCAAAAUGGCGGCGCCCACGCCGCCUCCCCUAUAAUUCGCGGCGGAUCACGUGUGUGCCUACCCUACUUCCGGCCGGCCGAGUGCUUCCGCUGAAGGCGGGACUCCAGUCGGAAGUGCGUAUAAGGAUGGGCCGGGUGCAAGCUAGCGUCAUGCGGCCUGCUUCCGGCGCAGGGCCUGCUUCCGGCGCGGGGCCUGCUUCCGGCGCGGGGCCUACUUCCGGCGAGUGCCCGCCGGAAGUGGAGAGUAAUGGCUUGCGAGGCCUCCACAGGUGUCAUGGCCUCGCACAUGCAGGAGCCCGUGACCUUUGAGGACAUCGCUAUCUAUCUGAGCCGCGCAGAGUGGGACAUGGUUGCAGAGGAGCAGCGGGAGUUGUACUGCAGCGUCAUGCUGGACAACUAUGAGCUCUUGGCAUCACUGGGGUACCCAGGCCCCAAGCCUGACAUUCUGCAUCGGCUGGAGCGUGGGGAAGAGCCAUGGGUCAACACACCACAGAGCCCAGUGAAGUGGGAUGGACCUGACAGACCUCUCAGAUGCAAUGGGGACGAGAGAUGGCUGGCAGAGUCAUGCUCCAACCGGUGGCCAGAUGCUGACAAGCACCAGGUGCUGGAGGAGACACAGACCCCCAGCCAUGGAGAACGAUGUGAGCCAUGGCGGCUGCGGUCCAGCAGACUGCUGAAGAAGUUUAGGUGUCACGAGGGUUCGAGUGAGUUGCGGUCAGAGGCAGCCAGCAGCCAGCCAGUGCCAGAGGGAAGCCAGGACAAAGCACAGAUGGGCUGUUUGACCAGAAAUUUAGAAACGGAGGAUGAACAAGGUGUCAAGACAGAAUUAGCACAAAGCAUGGGAAAUGUGGCUUCUUGCAAGACUCAACAAAAACCACGUGUUUUAGAGGAAGUAAGUGUUUUCCAGGCAAACAGGGAACAGACUAUUGAGGAUCUGAAUGAAACUGUUCUGGAAGACCACUGUUACUGUGCGAGUAAUGCGCUGCAUUGCAGUCUAUUUCCACAUGCUCUGAGAGAACACGACUACUGCAGUAACAGUAAUAGUGGUGUCUCAGUGCUCAAAGACCACGAAUACUGCCAGGUGCAAAGGUUUUCUUGUCGGGACAGAGUCCAUAAAGUUGUUUGUCGUACUUGUAGGGCUCGUGCCAUAGCUUACAGGCUAGCAAAGCGAAAAUCCUAUGUAGAGCGUAUCAUCUGGAAAGCUAAGCGAAGCGUGCGAUUUCUCAAGCCUGCCUUCAAAAGCAUGCGGUUUCCUCGAGAUUUCUUCUGCGCAAAAUGUCUUUCUGCAUCUUCUGUGUCAUCAUCUGUUCCUCUGGCUAGAGCAGAUGUCUCCACAAAGGAAAUUUGUGGGGCGUUUUGUCCUCCUGCAGAGCAGGUGGCUGUGCCCCACCAGCCUCAGAAGAAAGAGGACUCCCAAGAGGUGACUGUGCCCCCGCAGCCUGAGAAGGAGGACUCCCAGGAGACAUCAGAAGCACACAGUGCCCCUGCAGCACCUCCUGAAUCAGCAGCUGCAUCCCCACCCCCCAGUGCAGCUGGGGAGGUGCAGGGGGAAGCAGCACAACCCGAGGCACUCGCGCACCAAGAGAUGCAAGAGGCAGAGUUGAUCCAUGAACCUGACACUCAGCAAAACACUGAAGGAUACAAAAUUCUUCAUCCAAGUUGUAUAUUGCUGCACGAUGCUUAUGAAAUGGUCGUGUGGACUGUUGAUUACAUGCUGGAAUCUGUGUGCCAGGCAUUUGAGCUUCAUGGCUAUACUCGGUGUAAGGAAACGUGGCCUGUGGUUACCCAGACUGACAGCUGACCACCAGAAUAUGAGCAGCUACGCCUGCUGUAUCAUGGUGAACAGACAGGACCCUACAGCAAAACCCACUUAUGUGGCUUAGCAGGAGAAACUGAAAGGUGUACUAAGGGAUCAAUGCAUGAAUGGAUACAAAACGUGGUUUGUAGUGCCUGCUGGGAAAAGUGUGGUUACCUGGGAGGCUCCAGGGAAAACCUAAGGGCAGAGAACAAGCCGAACUGGUGCGAGUGAGAGGAAUAAGCCUGGGAAAACUUAGAAGAGAUGGGAGAAUAAGGGCAGCUGUGUGUCAGCAGGCUGCUGACUGGUGCACUUUCUGGCUGAGCUGUUUGCAAUCACUGUGGUCUUCCUCCUCAUUAAACCAUUGCCACCUGUUUGUGUGAGCACAUGGUCACGUCUGUGUCAGCGUGCAGGCUGUGCUUGCUUGCCUAGGGUGGACCUGGCAGAAAGGGAUCCGAGGGUGCUGCACUCAGCUCUGCCUUGGUAUAGGCAGCGUGCGUGGCAUCCUGGGUUCUCCCUCUCAUAAUUUAAGACUUUUUAACAUAAAGUUUUUAGGAUGGACUGAUAAUCUCAUUUUUUAAAGAGACUGUACAUCCCAGUGCUGUGAAAGCAGGUGGGGAUGUAUUGUGCAGAGCCUUGCUGCAUUCCCAUUUGAAAGUUAUUGGGAAAAAAACAUUGUAGUGGGAGGGCUGCAGCAGGGCACCUGUGAAGAGAUGCUGGGGCUGUCCUGUGCCAAUGCAGCCAUGUCCAGCAGCCCCGUGGCAGAGCAUGACAGAGCCCAGCAGCUGAGGUGGUGGUGCCUUUCAGUUUGUCUUUGUUUCUCACUUUCCAGCUGUAUUUUCAUUGUCAAUAAAUGAAUUUUCCCCAGGUUGAGUCUUCUGCGUGUAACUGGUGAGUGACAUCCAUGCCUUUUCAACAUGGAGCUUUUCAAACACGCUUUCUCACUUAUCCCAUUGAGGAGGAGCAGCAGGGGAGCAGCUCGCAGCCACCAUGCUCAGCCCCCUACAGCAGUUCAGCAGAUGCAGUACCAGGGAUGUGGUGACUGCUGCUGGCACAAGAUUCCCUCUGUCCUUAGCAGUGGCGAGGCCACAUCUAGAGUAAUGCGUUCAGUUUUGGG